AUGCAAAAGCCGGCGGGCUCGCCGCCGUCCAAAAAGUCAGUGACUCCGGUCUCGCCGCCACGUAACACAGCAACUACACCGCCGCCAUCGCCACCUCUCAGGAAACAAGCAGAGUUGAGCGACAAGAAUAAUGACUAUAACAACAGGACCAGCAACCUCCACCCCAGUGUAGCUGCCUUCAUACAGAAUCCCUUGCUGGUCAUUCGGCAACAAAGUGAAGGGUCUGCGGCGGAUGUGCUGCGGCCGCCGAGCGAGGAGGCGGGCCUGUUGCGCGACAUACAAGGACUACACACGCUUGUCACUACAACGGAAGAGGAGGUGGACUUGCUGCGCCGCACCAUUACAGAGUUGGAAAUACAAGCACACCAGCGUAAAAAAGAGGCUCUGACACGGCUCUACAAUGACCUCGCGAUAUCGACGCCCCUACCGCCACCGUCCCCAGUGGUGACAACAGCGGGGAGAAGUAGUAAUGGGGAUGCGGGGCUGGAGCAGCAGCUCUUUACGGCGACGGAGAAGCUCCUCGCGGAGGUGCGGGGGCUGGAGGAGCAGGUGGCGGCCUGCCGCUUGGAGAACAACACGAUGGAGCAGACGCUUUCCUCACUCUACGCUGGCAUCCUCGUCGAGGAGAAAAAACAGGGGGCACGCAAGGAAGCUAUACAGGCCGAUGAGGCGUUCUGCAAUGCGCUGCGGCUGAAGUUGCAGGAAGCGCAACGCUGUGUAUGGGAUUACCGGCAGCGCGCGCGGUUCGUUUGCGCGGCGGAGGGAAAGUACGUGGAGCAGAUGGAAACGAUCCAACGGCUGCGGGACGAGGUGCGGAUGUGCGGCCUCCAGCUGCCAUUGACGCAGCAACAGACCGGAGAGGUCGGGGGCGUCAUGCCGACAUGCAACCGGUUUCGCUGGGAGCGGCGCUGCGCCCGGCGUGUAGCGGCAGCACUGCCACCGCAGCCGUCGUCGUCGUCGUCCCCGCUCCUCUCGGGGAAUGAGGCGGCAAGCCAAGGGGCUCGCCGCGAUGGCGGGGACGACGACGAUGAUGAUAACCUGAAUGCGGUGGUCACGCGCGUCGUCGCCUUUCCCCCUGGUGUGCUGAGCUCUCUGCACACAGUGACGCUUGACUCAGGAAAAGCGGCAACAUCGGCAGAAACUGAGAGGCGCAGUGGCGAAGCAGAUGGGUCGAGUGGGCUGCGUCGCCGUGCGGAAUAUCUUGGCAUCCGUCUGCAGUACGAACAGCACGCGGAGACCAACCCGUUUCUGCGCCGCUCCUCAGGAGCAGUGGUGUCGGAAGAAGACGACGAAGAGGACACAAUGGAGAAAGCGUACAGUGCCCCAGGUGGUGUGCGGGUGCUGGUGCACGGGCGGCGGUGCCGUCUUGAUCAGUUCCAGCGCGAGGUUGACGCUGCCGUUGCUGCGCUGGGGUACUCCAGCCCCACGUGGAACACGUUGCGCGGCCGCACAUCACCGCACCGUGCGGGGACGAUCUCCAGGCCUCUCACCCGCAGUGACAAGAGCCUCUCACCGCGAGGGCCCCGCCAGAGUCGUCGCUUUCAUGAUUCGCCAUGGAGGGCGGCAGCAAGAGCGGCUCAGUCUUCAGCAACACCGCAGCCGUCGGGGCUGAUGGAGGGUGGCGGUGUGAGCGGUGCAUUAUCGCCGUUCACGCAGCGGCCGCUGUCCCCGGGCGUCUGGGGCGAAACGUUCCUGCGGCAGUUGAGCGAAGCGGUUCCCCAAGCCUCCGAGAACAAUACAAGAGCAUAUGCAGAAACGAGGAGAGUCACAGCGCCAAAUACGCGACCAACGAGCAUGGAGGACGAGAUUGCGUGGGAAAAAAUCCGCGCUGGACUGCGCGCUGCUGUCUCUCUUUAA